AUGGUCCUGGAGCCCGGCAGGGGGAGUCCAAAUACUGUAAUGGCUGUAAUUUUAAAAAGCGAAUUAAGCCCAAAGGACUCAACAGCCCUUGGGGACUCGGGGUCGGAGCAUGUGACAGGGCUCACUCCAACCUCCGCCGAACCUUCUCAGGCCAGCCAACUCUCUGGAACAUCCACUGCGCAUAUCCUGCAAAAAAACACUGGCACUGGGCGACUGCCAACCACCGACGACGCCAGCUGA